GAUUUUCCAUUUAUUUAGAAAUAUUAUUUCUACUAAUAGAACUAUUAUAAUGUUGAAAAGAUUGAUUUUUAGAAUCUUCUGAGAUUUGUAUCUUUUUCUAAGAUUGUUCUACCAGAUACAAAUGGCAUGAUUCUGAAACUAAAAUUUGCGCAAACUAACGCAGAUAUAGAAGCGCUCCUCAUGUAAAAUUCAAACCUUGCACCUUUUAGUGGGGUUCACUCCCAACAGUGUUUACACGUUCGAGCACUCUCUGCCUGCGGUAUCCGCCAUAUGCCCCAUAAUAACCACCUGCCCGGUUCCUCCGUCCGUCCGUCCGUCCGGACUUUGUGCCCCCCGACUAUAUACAUAUGGUGUUUCCAGGGGAGUCAUCGAUUCGAUAGCCAGAGGCCAAGGCUGAUUAGAUUCCUCCGCCAACGGUGGCUAUAUGGCCGCAAUAAGUUGCGAACAUCUUGGCUGCUGUUUAGUUCCCCAGUCCGUUGUCAGCCGGUGUGGGUUUCAGGUGGUUCUCCUCUAUUCCCGCAUUUUUAGUUGGCCGCGUUUUAGUUUUUUAUUUUUUCACAUUUCACGGAAAGUCAUAGCCGAAUCAAAAUGGUGUCGCUGGAAAAGCUGAAACAAUUGAGACUGAUACACCUGUGCAUCGCGCUCACCUUCUUCACCAGUGGGCUGUGCCUGAACCUGAUUCAGCUUCUGAUGCACAUCACCAUCAAGCCCAUUAACAAGAGACUCUUCCGGAAGCUGAUGUACUAUGCCUGCUACUCGCUGUAUUCCCAACUUGUAUUUGUGGCCGAUUGGUAUGCCGGCAGUAAGAUGACCGUCUAUAUGGACAAAGAGGACUUUGAGAAGCGGGCGGGCAAGGAGCAUGUCCUGCUCAUCAUGAACCACAAGUACGAGAUCGACUGGCUCAACGGUUGGAUGAUCUGCGACAAGCUGGGUGUCCUCGGCAACUGCAAGGCCUACGCCAAGAAGCCCAUUCGCUAUGUGCCCAUCAUCGGAUGGGGCUGGUGGCUGGCCGAGUUCGUCUUCCUCAACCGCAACUUCGAGAAGGACAGGACCAUUAUCACCGAACAGCUCAAAGUGGUCUUCUCCUAUCCCGAUCCCACCUGGCUGUUGCUCAACGCCGAGGGCACCCGCUUCACUCCGGCCAAGCACGAGGCGUCCGUCAAGUUCGCCCAAGAGCGUGGCAUGCCGGUGCUGAAACACCAUUUGAUCCCGCGCACGAAAGGAUUCACUGCCAGUCUGGCGCCAAUUCGCGGUCUCUGCCCCGUGAUCUACGACAUUAAUCUGGCCUACAGGCCCACAGACAAGAACACCGCCACCAUGCUGAGUCUGUUGCACGGUAAGAGCGUGGAACCUCACCUGCUGAUGAGGCGUAUUCCUCUGGAAAAUGUACCCGAGGACGAGAAGGAGGCGGCUACAUGGCUGCAGAACCUGUUCGUCGAAAAGGACAAAAUCAUCGAUAGCUUCCUAGAGACAGGUAGCUUCUUCAAGACAUCCGGCGUGAAGGAGGUUCCUGCUUACGUGAACAAGCCCCGGCUGAGUUCGCUGCUCAACUUCGCCGGCUGGGCGAUAUUUUCGCUUUUCUGCAUUUUCUACUACUUGGUUACUUCCCUGCUGGCGGCCAACUGGACCGCUUUCAUUAGCGCCCUCUCCGUUCUGGGGCUUUUCUACUGGCUAAUGGGACAGGCCAUCAACAAGACCCAGAUCAGCAAGGCUUCGAAUUACGGAGCGGCAAAAGCAAGCACAAAAUAACUUUCAGUUUUGCAUUUAGUUUGAUUGUUGACGAACUCAAUUAUCUACACGUGACUUUGUAAAAGGCAGUCCUCUCACAAAUCUCUCUGCUACAUGGAUCAAUUCGCGAUUCCUCCUCUCCUGGAAAGGACGAUGUAAUAGUGUUUGAACAGAAUAAAUAAUACUUGAAUGUUUUGUCUAAGUUUAUGGUUUUACGGGGCAAUUCCCGUAAAUCCGAGCCAUAAGUUUGCGUACGUAUGUAGUUCGUAGUUGUACUGUACACCUAAGUGGAAAUUUAAUUGUUUAAUCAAGUGUAUUUUGGCGAGCAUUGCAAUAAUUAAAUAACCGAUAGUAA